AUGUCUCCGCCAAGCCAAGUGUGGCUGCACUUUAAGAAAGUGGGAAUGGGAGAAAAAGUGCGUUGUUCCCACUGUCUCGUGGAACUCACCUUUUGCAAUAGCACUUCAUCUAUGACAUAUCAUCUACAGAAAGUUCAUCAGGUUGAAUUAAUUUCAACAAAACGAAAGAGAAGCACCUAUAAAAGGGUAAUACGAGAAGAAAAAGAAACUAGUAGUAACGUCUUAGACGUUGACGCAAAUGAGGCUGGUCCUUCGACGAGGUACGAUGAGAUACCGACAUCGUCAAGCGAAGUUAAGAAGAUAAAAACUCGCAACAGUAUCCGCAAUUUGAGUGCGUCUUUUGAAAAAAUAUCUUCCUUUUCUUGUGGAGGUCAGCGUUAUGCUGAUGCAACUGACGCUCUAUUAUAUAUGAUAGCAGCAGAUAAUCAGCCCCUAUCUAUGACUAAGAGAAAGGGAUUUAAAGAAUUUGUCAGAACUUUGCAGCCGCAUUAUAACCUCUCAAGCGCUGAAACUGUCACGGUGAUGAUGGAAAAUAAGUAUGAAGUUCUAAAGACAAAAAUGAAGAAUAUCCUCUCUACGAAAACCAAUAUUAUACUCACAACCGAUUUGUGGACGGAAUCGAUGACAACAAGGGCUUACUUAGGCAUAACUGCUCACUAUUUAGAUGAUUGGGGGCUGGAUAUCGCAAAUGUGAAGGCUAUUGUCACAGAUAAUAAACCAAACGUUGUUGGAGCGUGUAAGCAAGCGGUUAGUGCUCAGAAACAUAUCUCUUGUUUAGCUCACAAUUUAAAUCUAGCAGUUACGGAUGCGUUAGGUUUAUAUAAAACCAACAACCAGAUUGAUCAAGAAGAAGUUCCGUUGCCCUUGCCUGUCUUUGAAGAUAGCGAAGAUGAAGAGGACCAAAUAAUUCUAGGUGUAGACGUUGAAGAUAGAGGGUUGGACGAUGACUUACCUUCUUUCAAGAGAGUCGUCUCGAAAAUAAAGAAAAUUGUAAACUUCUUUAGAAAAAGUGAACGGGCCUCUGAAGAAUUAAAACUGCUACGGAUGACUGAGUGGAGGAAAGCAGAGAAAGAGUGCUUGAGACUAAUCCAAGAGGUUCGCAUCAGGUGGAACUCAGUUUAUGCGAUGCUCGACCGAUUCCUCCUAUUGUGCGAACUCGUACAGCGAGUUCUUGCGAAAAUAACACGAGAGAAAACUAGCAAGGAAAAGCCACCACCAAUGAUUACGGCAGGAGAGGAGGAACUUGUGAGGGAGGUUCGGGAUCUUCUAAAACCAGCAUGGCAAGUCACAAAGGAGAUCUGCGCGGAGAAGUCGACUUUAAGAGAGUACAACGCAGUCCACUUAGUUGCUUUCAAUAUUAAGCACUCAUUACUCGCCGAAAUUGGAAAGCAAUUAUGCUUCAUGGAGAAGCUGCCGAUGCCUGCUAAGGCCACCAUCCUCGGCCUCAGAUUCAAGAAACUACACUUCACAGAUUCUAGAAACUUCGCGAGAGCACUGUCAUCUAUUGAUAGGGAGUUGAAGGCGAAAAUUCUGAAGUCGGGGGAUGAGGAACGCGCCAGGAACAUGCCACAGCAUCAGCGUGGAGAUAGCCAGGUGAACGACAUCUGGGUUCAUCACGAUGCCUUGCGUUCGCAACAGUUGCCCGAGGCGGACACUGAUACUGCUGGAGGCUUAUCUGUAGAGCUCCGACAGUACUUAAAUCGGCCAACCAUUCCUCCCUAUGUAAAUCAAUUCGAAGAAUGGAAUAACAUCAAGCAUGCCUAUCCGAAUUUGUAUAAGAUAGCACUAGAGUAUUUGCCCAUUCUGGCAAAUUCAGUUCCUUCCGAGAGGCUGUUUUCUAAAGCUGGUCAAAUUAUUACCAUGCUCAGAAACAGGCUCUCGGGAAAGCACUUAAACCAGCUAAUAUUUUUAGUGUCGCUGGACUUUGAAAUGUGGAAAUAA